AUGGCUGAAAGUGUGAAAAAGAAUCGUGUUCCAGAAGAUGUGUUGAUAGAUAUUCUCACAGCAUUACCUAUCAAAUCCUUAUUAAGAUUCAGAUCUUUAUCAAAAUCAUGGAACUCCCACAUCAGUGACAAAGACUUCAUCAGUGCCUAUUUGGCCCAACCCAAACCAUCGCUUCUCCUUCGUCGAUGGCAAAAUCGUCAAGAAUCCUACUCUCUGCAUCUCGAUAAUGAAUCUUUAGAUAGGAGCUUACAGUUCCAGAACUUGCCCUUUCGGUGUGAAGCUGAUUGUUUUGAUAUAAUAGGUUAUUGCAAUGGAGUUUUAUGCGGUCCACACAGUGCUACUUGGGGUUUUGGCUUUGAUUUACCAAGUAAUGACUAUAGGGUUGUUAGAGUUGCGAGACAAGUUUCAUCUAAACGCGAAUUCCCUAUGGAGUUUCAGGUUGCUUUUAAUGGCAUCCUUCAUUGGCUUGUAUAUCGUGAGGAGAAUGACAACCGCCGGAGUUUUGUUCUUUCUUUUGAUUUAAGUAAUGAUAAGUUCGGGGAGAUAAUGUUGCGGGUGGCCACUCAGUGGAUGGUGAUUUCAGAGUUUGACGACUCCCUUGCGGCGCUUUUCUGUAGGUGCGCUGCCAAUCUGAGUUUUGAGAUAUGGAUGAUGAGCCAAUAUGGUGUGAGAGAAUCAUGGGCCUUACAAUUCCGUAUUCACGAGGAAUUCCCACUUCCUUAUUUUAGACUACGUUAA